AUGGCUGCGAAGAACGAUGCCAUCUCCGACGAUUGGGAGGAGGUUCCUGACGACAACUUCUCCGUUGUCUCCCUACCCACAUCCGAAGAUGCCAUCGAGGUCACCGGUGGUGCCGGCGCCCACUCUGACAUGCCGAAUCCGACCAUUGACAGCCCCAUAGCUACGGUUUCCGAGAGGUUUGCAUUACUAGCAAUAGAUUCCAAGGCUAAAGGGAAAGAGAAGGCCGCAGAGAACAACGGAGGACUGGACCCCGGCGCAGCCGCCGCUCCGCAUCAUGGCCUAGACAAAUUCGUCACCAGUGCCUCGCCUCACAGAACAGAUGCGCACCACCUAGCCGAUAAUCUGGAUGUCGACAUGGAUCCCACGUUUCUUCACAAAGUCUCGACCUCGCUGAUCAAGCUUAUCGGCGAGAUCGUGGGCAUCCUCCACUUUGGCGGCCACCGUCAUCUGCAGGACGGAACGCGUGAUAUCCGGCAGGGGAUCCACAACGUAUGUGACUGCCUCCGGCGUCAUCUUCGUACUCUUGGCCCUAUUAUGGAGGGCUAUUCGAAGCACUGGGACCCAGAGCAAGUCACCGUCGAUCUUCCCCUCGACCCAUGUCUUUACGAGUGGAUGACCGACCUCAAGAUCGAGCUUCUCGGCUUACAGGCUCUGCUUCAAAGCCAGAUGCAUUGCUCCUCGUCAAGUACAUAUUCUGCGUCAUCCGCCCUCCAAGAUCUCGUUGGGUACAGAAACUCCCUGAGAGAAUUCAACGAUCAAGUGUCCGGUUUCAUUCCUAUAAUGCAAGCAGACUUCGAAGAGUUCCACACGGCUAAUUUGCCCAUUGUUGGUGAUCCCGCCGGGUCUAUCUCGCCUUGUCGUGAGAGCUUGCAGCAUGUUGGAGGAACAAGGCCUGCCGCUGCAGUCUCUCUACUCAAACGUGAGCUUUAUGGCCUGAAGGAUCAAGUUUCUGCGUGUCUCGCAACGUUGCGUGGCUUUCUGAAUAAUCGCCCCUACAUCAACGAGCGCACAAUCCUCACACAUCUUGAAGGAUCAUAUCUCAAGGUCAAGAGUACUUUGGAUGUUCUACUAUCCAAUCACGCUUCCGAGUGGAUCGAGCAUGGGCUCUCUGGUGGCAUGACAUAUCCUGAAUUCUGUCGCCUUAACUCUGAUACUAUUCGCUCACUGAAUCUUCAACUGAAAGAUGUCACAGAGAAUAUGAGGGAGGAAGAGUCUCGUAUCUCGGCGCUCAAAUACGUCAAUGACCCCGACUCCCUAUUGGCUGAUGAGAAGCUUGAAGUUCGGGCAUCAGAUCUGGAUGCGCUGAGGAGCAUCGAAGAAGUUUUGGCAUCACUUUUCCAUAUCAAGAAGGGCCAUUCACUGGCUGACAGACUCGAAAACCUCCUCUAG